CCCAGACAUCACGUCACCAGCCACAAGGCCCUCCCCUCCAGCGCCCAGAACUCGUUCAACCUUCGACACCCACACAUCCCAGCCCAGGCACGCAGGCAGAAACCCGCUGGCAAUUGAUUACACCACUCUGCCCUCCUCUGCUCACCUCUCAUUCACAAUCGUCGCCGCACGAGUGAACAUCGACGACACUCUAUCCGAAACCUGAUCUUCAUUCGCUUAAAGAGCCCAUCCUCGCGACAUAUCUUCACUGCCUGUGCAAAGGAAAUUCUGUCGACCGCCUCCUACCGCCACGACUGACGACGCAACAUACGGCGGCCUCGGAGCCGCGAGGACAGAACCAUCAUGGACGACUUCGUUCGAGUCCGCCGAAAGGAUACCACCAAAGGCCCGCCGCUUCGGAUAUUGUCGCUCGAUGGAGGAGGCAUUCGUGGAUACUCCAUGCUGAUCAUCCUGCAAGAGUUGAUGCAUCGCACGUUCGUGGAGAUUGAGGGCAGGGCGCCGAAGCGGGACGAAAUUCCCAAGCCGUGCGACCAUUUCGAUCUGAUCGUGGGAACGGGUACGGGAGGCUUAAUCGCCAUUAUGCUGGGGAGGUUGCGACUCGAUCUGGAUACCUGCAAAGAUGUCUAUGUGCGGAUGACGAGAAAGGUCUUCCAAACCGACAAGACGGUCUUUGGGGUGCCCUGGAGAAGCACCAUGUUCAAGGCGAGCAUGUUAGAGGAAGCCAUUCGGGAAACGGUCAGAGAACACACUGUCUUCGAGGACGAAGGAAACGAUACAUUGGCGAAUGCUGCGCCCAUGACUCCGACAAGCAUUCGCAGCUCCAACUCCAAUAUUCCCCCGAUUCCAUCGCGAACCAUGAGCCAGAGCAGUCAUUACAGCCAGAUUGGUCAGAGCCCUCUUGGGAACAGAGUGAUGAUCGGAUCGAUGAAGCCAGGCAAUCCGAACGCCCUGUUGUAUGAUACGCGGGAAAAGAGGACAAAGACAGCUGUGGCAGCGGUGCUGAAGGGAACGAAUCAUACAGUCCUGCUCCGAUCUUAUGACUCUCGGAAGGAACCCGCACCAGAUGUCAACUGUGCGAUCUGGCAAGCUGGCCGUGCCACUUCGGCGACACACAUGGCCUUCAAGCCUAUACAGAUCGGGCAAUCUGUGUAUCUCGACGAAGGAGCAGGCAAAUACAAUCCUGCCCCGCUUGCGCUGGAUGAGGCAGUAGCGAAUGAGUGGCCCGGACGAGAAGUCGGCGUCUUCGUUAGCGUGGGAACUGGCAAGCGGCCCAACAAUCCUGCUGCUAAUCAACACGAAUGGUGGGAAGGCUUUCUCGGUGGCAGUAUGGGAGAGUUCGCCGAGGCACGGAGAAAAAUGAUUCAGAAGUUGGAGAACUGUGAAAAAGCGCACGAGUUUAUGCUCAAAGACCACCUCGCAGCGAGGGGCGUCAACCCGGAGACUUACUAUCGCUUGAAUGUGGAAGUGGGAGUUGGAGAAUUUGGUAUGAACGAGUGGGCACGCUUGUCAGAAAUCAGCACUGGCACAAGGGCCUAUCUCUCCAAGAAAGAGGUCGAAGCUCUGACGUGUGGUGCCGCGGCCAAGAUCGCAAAGAUCUACUUCGCCAAAAUCAGACACGACCGAGCAGAAGCCCGAAGGGCAGCAGGGACAGACCAUCCUGCGUAUGCUUCACAGAACCCAUGGGAACGGCCUCUGCCUACAGUCCCGCCACCGCAGAACUUCGCAGUCGAAUUGCCUGGUGAUGAUGAAUACCGACCUGGACAACACUACGCCGACGGCGGCCAUUUCAUGCAGCACAAGUACAGCUUGUCGACCAACAGCGACGUUUACGACCGGCAUAACAGCAACGCAACUCCGACGCAGCAGUCGUACAAUUCCUCACCCGCGCUUUCUGCAACGCGACCCUCUUUCGAACAACAGCAAUCAUCUGGCGCUGCCUUUCGAUUACAACCGAAUUCAUAUCAAUAUCACGACCACCCUCCAUCGCCUCGGCACAGCGCCGAUUUCGCGCAUCCUCCCUCGUCCCCGCCUCCUGUGCCUCCCAAGACACCAGUGAACGGUGCUGGGUCAGUAUUACCUUAUCCUGAUCGAAAUGGCCCUCCACCCAUACCUCCGCCAGCAGGAACGAUGGCACCAGGACACCCGCCUCCACCGCCACCCAUGACCUUCAUGAACAUGGGCAGCCUUGGCAGGAAUCUACCGUAUGGCGUCGUGGGUGCUGAUGGCUCGAUCGUGGAUGAAGUAGGACAAGGCCCGCCUCCACCGGUGAAUAUGGGGAACAAACCGACGCUGUCUUGAGGAACGUGGACAACGGAGGAAGAAGGAUACUUGAUGAUGAAUAACUCCCGGAUUAUGGACAAACUUCGAUGUUGUGCUACCCCAUGCUAUCAUCACUAAUUUUGCGGUGGAUUGUAUAUAUAGUGUUACGUGGUUCUUUGAGCGAGCGAGCGAGCGAGACCCAGCUUCUUAUUGAUUGAUUGAUUGAUCGAUGAUACCCCUUUUUGGAUAAGAAGCGAGAAAGGAAAGGGAUGUGAGGGCAUGAGAGAAAUUUAGUAAAAUUACUCAAACGAGGAAAAUCGAAAUGAAGAAUGC